GGCUAGUUCGCCGCUAGAGGAUCUGCGAGCAUUUUUUCACUCAACGCACCAGUUCGGUUUCCAGUCAGUUCCUUACUCCACAUUUCCGUUCAGUUCUGAGGUCUCAAGUCAGGUCCUAAAAUGGUGGUGGCCUCGUCUCUUGCUGUCCUGAGAGCCUCCAGACUGUGCCAACUGGGCCUGAAGAGGUGCGCCCGGUUUCUUGGGCCUCCACAGCUGAGGCCUGGUAGCCCGGCCGCUUGGAUCCCUGUUCGGAUGGCGGCGACGGUGAGCGUGGAGCCCGCGGGCCCCUCUUGCUGGGACGAGCCGCUGCGCAUCGCCGUGCGUGGCCUGGCCCCCGAGCAGCCGGUCACGCUGCGCUCCGCCCUGCGCGACGAGAAGGGCGCGCUCUUCCGCGCCCACGCGCGCUACCGCGCCGAUGCCCGCGGCGAGCUGGACCUGGCGCGCGCGCCCGCGCUGGGCGGCAGCUUCGCGGGGCCUGAGCCCAUGGGGCUGCUCUGGGCCCUGGAGCCCGACAGGCGCUUUUGGCGGCUGACCAAGCGGGACGUGCAGACGCCGUUCGCAGUGGAGCUGGAGGUGCUGGACGGCCACGACCCCGAGCCGGAGCGGGUGUUGACCCGCGCGGUGCUGGAGCGCCACUUCCUGCGGCCGGGAGUGCGACGUGAGGCGGUGCGCGCGGGCCGGGUGCGGGCCACGCUCUUCCUGCCGCCAGGCCCCGGGCCCUUUCCCGGCAUUGUGGACAUUUUUGGCGUUGGAGGUGGCCUUCCGGAGUAUCGGGCUAGCCUGCUGGCUGGGAAGGGAUUCGCUGUGCUGGCUCUGGCGUAUUACAACUAUGAGGACCUCCCCAAGAGCCUGGAGACCCUCCACCUGGAGUACUUUGAAGAAGCUGUGAACUACCUGCUCAGUCACCCUGAGGUGAAAGGCCCAGGAAUUGGACUGCUGGGAAAUUCCAAAGGGGGUGAGCUCUGUCUCACCAUGGCCUCCUUCCUGAAGGGCAUCACGGCCGCUGUCAUAAUCAACGGUUCCGUGGUCAUUGUUGGGGGAACUUCACGCUACAAGGAUGUGACUCUGCCCCCCAUAGGUGCCAACAAAAGUCGAAUCAAGAUGACCAAAGAUGGCUUUGCGGACAUUGUGGAUGCCCUAGAUAGCCCUUUGGAAGAGCCUGGCCUGAAGAGCUUCAUUCCUGUGGAAAAGGCCGAGUGCGCCUUCCUGUUCCUGGUGAGUGAGGACGACCACAACUGGAAGAGCGAGUUCUAUGCCAACGAGGCCUCCAAGCGCUUACAGGCCCACGGGAAGGAGAAGCCCCAGAUCAUCUGUUACCCCGGGGCAGGGCACUACCUGGAGCCCCCCUACUUCCCCUUGUGCCAGGCUUCCCAUCAUGUAUUGGUGGGUGGGCCUGUCUUCUGGGGAGGGGAGCCCAGGUCUCAUGCUGUGGCCCAGGCAGAUGCUUGGGAGCAACUGCAGGCUUUCUUCCAUAAGUACUUGGGUGGUAAGAGUUAGCGAGACUCCCUGGAAAAUAUAAUCUAUCCAAUUUGAAGACUGGGAGAGUAAAAUAUAUUCUGAUGACAUCAGUCUGGUUUGUUCAUAUUAGUUUGAAUCUAUUACUACAACAGGUUUUUAUUCAGUUUUUUUCCAUAAUACUACUAUCAAAAAGUUUCUAAUAGGGAUAUUUUGAAUGAAAAGAGUCAUAAGCAUAAGGGCUAGGGUUGUUGUGUAGCAAGUGGGGCUACCACCUGGGAUGCCAGCAUCACGUAUGGGUACUGAUUCGUGUCCCAGCCUGGGAAUAAUGUCAGAAUAUGCCCACAUGUUUGACCCCCUGCAGCCUACAUGGGAGACCUGGAAGAAGCUCUUAGCUCCUGGCUCCUGGCUUCAGCCUGGCCCAGCCCUGGUUGUUGCAGCCAGCUGUGGAGUGAACCAGCAGGUGGAAUAUCUCUGUCUCUUUCUGUAACUCUAACUUUCAAAUAAA